GCUUUACACGCUGGUACCACAGCCAGUGAAGGCCAUCAUUAUGGUCUUCCCGAUCACCGAAAAGCUUCAGGAUCUCAGGAACGAAGAGGACGAAAAGAUCGAAAAGGAGGGUCAGCAUGAGAUUGACCCUAGCGUCAUCUUCAUCAAGCAAACGAUUCCAAAUGCUUGUGGGACUAUAGCGUUGUUACACGCUCUCGCCAACUCAGAUGCGACCAUUGCUCCAACCAGUCCAUUGGCCAAGUUCAUUGAAGAAAUAGCCCUGCUGGACCCGCAUGCAAGAGCCGAGGCACUGGAAAACACUAAGCUCUUCGCAGAAGCCCAUGUAGAUGCCGCAAGUCUUGGACAAAGUGCUGUCCCUUCAUCGGAUGACGAUAGCGACCUUCACUUCGUUGCCUUCGUUCAGGUACCAUCGGCCGUCACGCCCAGUGAGCGGCGCCUAGUGGAGCUGGAUGGGAGGAGACGAAGCCCAAUCGAUCUUGGGAAGAGCGAAGACCUAUUGAAAGACGUUGCCCAGGUGGUGCGGCAGAAGUAUAUAGCACAUUCAACUUCACAUAGUUUUGGGUUGAUUUCACUAGGUCCGAAUCCGGAUUUCAAUCCAUGAAAAAAUGGUGGUCACCAUGGCUGUCAGAAUGAUAAUGUUGUAAAACUAAUGAUGCCUGUACAGAAACUUGGAGCGGGGGGGGAGCGUAAUUCUGGAUGUAAUGUGAAUCAUAGGAAGAACGUCCGUCUUGUAACCUCCAACUUCGGCUGGAGGAUGAGCAGUAAAUGAGAAAUCUGUCCUUCUGAAGGAAGAACAUUAAGGUUACCUUCCACUUCCAGACAUACUCCUCGUCCUUAGCAAGCUGACUGGGUGCCUGUGGUGCUGCGGGAGCGAUCGGAGCAACCAUUUCCUCCAUCUGCGUCGUUUCGUCCACCCGACCGGGCGUUGUAUCCUCGUUUGAGGCAGGAACUUCCUCCUUAUCAUCCUCAUCUUCUGCAUCGACGUCGAACUGGAGCGGUGGUGGUACGGCCCCAAGCUGCUUGACUG